AUGAACUCCUUAUAUGAGUUGGACUCCAAGUGGAGAGAUCUGUUGACAUUGAACAACUUUUUAGGCGGUUUAACAGUACAUGAGUUUGUUCAAGAUAUCAGUAACGAAAACUCGCUGAAAGACAGAGCAGCACACACAGGGGCCUGGGAACAUCUUGAUCCCAAACCUUAUAUAAGAACAUUUGAAUCUACUGUGAAAGAGCUGCAAAAGCUCAGCACAGAUGCAGAGGGUAAAAAGGGGCAGUUGGAACAAGAAGUGGCUAAAUAUGAAUUGCUUCAUUCACAACGGGUUUUACAACUCACUGGCAAUCUCAAGACUAUUGUAAGAGACAGUGGCGAAUUGGACUUGAAAUUGACCAAUGUAGCUCAAGUGGUUUCCCCGUUAGGAGAGAAGCUUGAAAAGGCCAUGAAACGGAAGAACAUGUAUGUCAAGUCCGUAGAACUGAUAUCGCAUUAUUCGGCUUUCCACACAAAAGGCAUCUCGCAGGAAUUGGAAUUGCUCAGAACGUCGAGGGGCUGGAAGCCAAGGACAAGAGCUGCAAUUUUAGUCAAGAACCUACUGGUCCUAACUAAAAAGGUCGAAACCAAAUCCUUACUCAAGACCGUUGAAACUACUAAUACAAUUGAAAAAUACGCAGAUGCUAUGGAAAACGAAUUUUUGGUAGAGUUCAACAACGCUUAUCGUGAAAAUGAUUUUGAUCAGUUAAACGAGAUCGCAAUCAUACUCAAUCGUUACAAUAGCGGGUUGAACGUUAUUCAAAGUUUCAUAAACCAACACGAAUAUUUCAUCGAUAUCGGCGAAGAUGAUUUCCUGUUUGAUGAGUCUUUUAAGGUUAAAAUAUGCAACAUAGAUUGCCAUGCAGCUUGUUACGAGACUACGAUGGUGCAAAAACUCGACGAAAUAGAAUCCUUGAUAAAAAAUGAAUCUAAAAUAGUGAAGCGGGUGUUUGAGGGCCGCUGUUCAUUUGUGAUGCAGUUGUUUGUUCAAAGAAUCUUCGGACAAAAAUUAGAACCUCGUGUUGAAGCUUUGCUAAACGCAUCCUUGUCUUUAUCUGAUCUGGCAUUCGUAAGAAUGUUGUAUGCUCUAUUUUCUCUUCUCAGUCAGUUCGUGAAGGAUCUUUCCGAAUUUUUUCAAUUGCAAGGUAUUGACAACAAUGGAGACUUGGUGACUGCACUUGAACGAUGUCUAGCAGAUUUGUUUUCGAAAACCAUAUAUGAUAGGACCAAAUAUUUUGACCUCGAGAAAAGAAGCUUGGAAAAUUCUCUGGCGCAUAAGACCUCCAGGUUCUGUUUAAAUCAUGACAAGGAAAUAUGUGCAAGAGCUUUGAACAACAAGCUUUUGAGUGGAGCUCAUUAUGCACAGGAUUUGGACCUGCAGGAAUUGAGGUCAUCAUCAAAUGGGAAACUCUCGCAGAUCAACAACUUUUUGAAAAGCCAUCUAGAAAGGGAAAAGAAAAAAAAUAGCAGCGCAGAUACGUCGUUUGGAAGUCCAGAUGUCAAUAGCCAUUCUGAAAAUGCUAAUUUAUUGCAUAUAGAUCCCAAUUUCUCUCUGCAGGGUAUUGACGGUAUGCUCAAAUGUGCUAUCGAAUCAAUAGCCCGCGUUUUGGAACUCGUUCCAAGUAAAGCAAACGAAUACACGUACGAGCUCGUAGAAAUUGUGCUAUUGGGCACAAUAGGCUCCUACGUGGAUUGUGGAUUAGAGGUCUCGUAUUCACAAAUGAUAGAGCAAGAUCUCCCCAAAAAUCCGAGUGUCGAGAUGUCGUACCUCGAUUACGUUUCCAAGUCUACGGAAAUUUUGAGCUUGAUCUCGGCAUCUAUAAAGACAGUUGUUUUGCCCUUAUUUGUCAAUUCCCCUGAUAUCAAGAAAGCUAUAAUCACGGUAACAAAUCAUUAUAUUAAGAGAUGCGAACUGCUUAUAAACAUCAUUAUAGAGGAAACGGUGCAUGCAUUUACACAAAGAUUUGUUGCAUCACUAUCGAAGCAAAAGAAAAAGGACUUCUUGCCCGGUAGUCAAGAUAUCAUGGAUCAUGAUACCCUUCCUGCUUCAGAAAUAAUUAGGGAUCUGAACUCUCUAUACUCUCAAGUGAGAUUAUAUUUGAGAAAUGAUAACCUGCGGUCUUUUUUGCAACAGAUCGGAAGCGUUUUGUGCCGUUUUCUUUUUGAGCACUACAAGAAAUUCCAGGUAAGUUCUGUGGGAGGAAUAAUUGUAACAAAAGACAUCAUCGGCAUUCAAACAGCUAUAGAAGAGUGGUCCGUCGACCAACUUUUGAGUGACUUCGCAACUCUCAGAGAGCUUGCAAAUCUAUUCACAGUUCAACCUGAGGAGCUAAGUUCGUUAACCAACGAGGGCCACUUGGCCACAGUGGACCGAAAAAUCAUUUCCGCAUAUGUUGCAAAAAGAGAUGAUUUUAAUCAAAAUAGUUUCGUUAGCAAAUUGGGAUUGACUUAA